UUUUUACUGAAAGAGUUUGUGUUACACACACACACAUAUCAAUGUGAAGAGAAAAAUAUUCAUCAUGUUUAUGAUUUUAUCAAUAACUGUUUUUGGAUUUUUUAUCGGAUGGUGGUGGUUUCAUUUAGAUUGUGAUUUUGAAACAUAUUUGGCACUUAAAUUUGGACGUUCAAUUGAUUCAUUAAAUGGAAAAAUUAUAUGGAUAACCGGUGCAUCAUCCGGUAUUGGUGAAGGUCUUGCAUAUAAUCUUGCAUCAGUUGGUUGUAAAUUAAUAUUAUCGGCAACAAAUGAAUCAAAAUUACGUGAUGUUGCUAAACGUUGUGUCGAAAUUGGAAGAUAUUCGGAAAAUGAUGUAUUGGUAUUACCAUUCAAUAUAACCGAUACGGAUUGUCAUCAACAAAUGUUGGAUAAAGUUUUACAGCAUUUCAACAAGUUGGAUAUUCUGGUCAAUAAUGCUGGACGAAGUCAACGUGCAUCAUUUCUUGAAAUUGAACCUGAAGUUGAUAAACAAUUAUUCGAUAUCAAUGUAUUUGGUUUGGUCAAUCUAACUCGGGUUGUUUUACGUUAUUUUCUCGAAUAUAAUCCUGAUGGACAAUUUGGUGUAACAAGUAGUACUGCAGGUCUUUUAGGUGUACCAUAUUCAGCAUCGUAUACUGGUUCAAAACAUGCAUUACAUGGUUAUUUUGAAUGUCUUCGAACGGAACUUGGACGUCGAAAAAUAUCGAUAACAAUAUUCUGUGUUGGUCCAGUUUUUUCCAAUUUAUUGGAAAAAGCAUUUACAGGUGAACCAGGUAAAUUGGUUGGCGGUAAACAACCAGCCGAAAGUAAACAAAAAUUAUCUGCAAAACGUUGCAGUUAUUUAAUGGCAAUAGCAUUAGCUAAUCAUAUCGAUCAAUCAUGGAUAUCAUUACAACCAAUUCUGACAUUUCAUUAUUUUGCUGUUUAUUUUCCACAAUUAUUUCGAAAAAUUUUUCCAUAUUUUUAUGAUGAAAAAAGAAGCCAAGAAUUUCGUGAUGGUUGAUUGUGAUUUGUCAACAACAAAAAUUCAUCGAUAAAAAUAAUAUUUUUUAAA